GACUGUAAGGUCCAAAAUAACUCGCUGGUCCCCCGCCUUAUCUCUCUGUAUAAGAAAAUCGUCUUCCUUGAGUUAUUUUAGUCAUCACACGUGAGACAGAGAGUGCAUUUUGUAGACUUUUCUCGUCAAACUUUCGGACUGUGUACAUAAUGAAUUUAUCUCACUUUAAUUUUUCUAGUUUCCAAUUUUGGGGAAAUUCUUCGUUGUUGUUUCCAAAUGCAGACAGUGAAAACCUAGAUUCAGACAGAACUUUUCAGAUCUAUUUGUAUGCAUUCACCAUGUUUUUAUCUUUUUCGGCCAAUGUGGGGUUAGUGUCCGUAAUUCUAGGCACUAAGAGUUUGCGAACUAAGUUUAAUUUUUACGUUGUGAAUUUUUCGUUAGUGAAUUUACUGAUUCCGACCUUCUGCAUGUGGCUUCAUCUAGUGUAUCAUCUGGAUAAAGGAGAGUGGAGAUUUGGGGAAUUCUUUUGCAGGAUAAAUGUCUUCCUACAGGUUCUUGUUGUUUGUGUUAGUAACCUCACUCUAACAGUAACCAUCACUGACCGCUUCCUUGCAACGCUACAAUCACCACUUCAAAAAUACACACAGGAUCAUAUGGUCAUCGUUAUGCUUAUAGUGUGGGUAUUCGGAGUUCUUCUUUCUUUACCGUAUAUCAUCUACACAAGAUUCCUCGAAUUUGAUUGGAUCGGGGGACACGAAAGACUGUGCCAAGCUCAUUUCCCGUCCAUGGAGUCCCGGCGUGCUUACGUCACAAUCUUCUGCCUGGUCGGAUAUGUUCUUCCAAUGCUAGUCAUGUUUUUCCUUAUAAGUGUAUCGUUGAGAAGACCAGGUGUUCCGAAUGAUAGCAUGCCAAGAGAAGAAAGAACGAGAUGCAAAAUGAGACGAAGGGCCCUCCACUAUGUCUUCACCGUCCUGAUUGUAUUUUUCCUGUGCUGGUCUCCUCAACAGUUCCUUAUGCUCUGGGAUGUGUUCAGGGACCGAGGACUCCAUGCAAAGUUGCCGAAGAAUAUCCGAGAGUACAGCUUCUACUCUUUCUAUGUGGCCUACGCCAGCAGCUGUGUUUACCCAAUCCUCUACAUGACCUAUAACAAGGGCUUCCGCUUCGCCGUGAAGCAGAUUCUGCGUUGUAAACGUCAGAUUAACACAGACGCUGAUGUGACUGCAAUGGAGAUCGGAGAACAACUUUCCACAGUUAACAACAUUGACUCAUUCGAUAUAAGUACAGUGCGCAUGGUCACUGAUGAUCACAUGGUAUCCUGCCCAGCAACAUCCAGUCUCUCUACCGAACCAAAACCUGAUAUAGUAACGAUCGAUGGACAUCUCCAGACAUCGAAAAUGUGAUGUAUUUGAUGAAACUUCCAGCAGUAGACUGUGAAGUGAGAUUAGACUACAUGUACAAUAUGUGGUUAGGAUUUAGUGAUGCAACACCUUCUAAUAUACACAUAAACUCUAUUGGUUAUUUUGUUCGCAUCUAAAUAAGCUUUCCCUUUUCUAAUGUUUCCUGUUUGUAUAGACAAUUUUGCAAUGACAGAAAAGUUUUUUGAGUCGACGACAAUUGCAUAAAUAACAUUUCAUGAUAGUGUGAUAAAGUAAAAUUCUCGUUUUAGCAGAAUUAACGUUUUACACCAACACUGAUAAUCAUAAGACAGUUCUUGCCUGUUUUCCUUAUUCUAGCUAGAUGUGAUAUAUAUGUUUCUAUCGGAGUUAGUAACUGAACAAAAGUGCAUUUUUUGUUUUCUCUCAGAAAUGAUUUGACGUAAUGUCAUAUGUAAGAUAUUCCAAUUGUAGACGAUUCAACUUAAACUACUGAACAACUAUGUACUAGUGAUCAAAUAAAAAGUGCAAUAUAAUUGAUUAUGUUUUGUAUCUCAUCAAAAACUUGAUUUUGAUCUGUGUCCCCCACUUUACCAGCAACGCUUUGCCAGAGGCCAGUUUAGAUUAUCAGCCAUUGUACCUGCCAGCUAGAAAAGCAUUUUUUGUGUAUUCUACAUACGUGAGCAUGGUUGGUGUUAAAAAUGUGACUGAUUCCACACUAUAUGAUUCU